AUGGAUGAUAUCAUCCAAGGUCAUGUCUCAAUCCAGGGAGACGACAAUUGGCUUUUGGUAUUUUGUGCUUCCUGGGCAGUCACUCUUCGUGCCUACACUAGUUCAAAUGUUGUCUCCUUUGCCGUCCGAAUCCCUACCAAAUUUGGGGGGCGGGGGGAAACUCAAGCAAUAUACGUACGGAUAGGCAGCCAGAAAAAAAUUCACGAUGUCGUGCAAAAUAUCCGAGAGCAGAUAUCCAGCUACUGUCAGCACCGAGAGAUACACGUUCCCGAUUCGUUCAGUUGGGAGACCAAUACCCUCUUGACAUUUUCGACUCAAGAUACGAAACACGAUCACAUGAACGGUCACUUGGGCAACUUCCCAUCCGUUGGCAUCCAAUGCACCCUUCUCGAUGAGAUGACCUCCCAUAUUAGAAUUACGAAUGAUCGGACCCGGUUUUCCGCGUGGCAGGCUCAGCGGAUGAUAGAGCACUUCAUGCAUGCACAACGCCAGAUCAAACAAUCUGCAUUCGACACGCCUCUUUCCUCUACGUUAACCCUGCCCCCCGAGCACGUAUCUCUCCUCCGGAAAUGGAACGGAUACCAAUUGCUCGAAGAAGCUACAUGCAUACACCACGUGGUUGAAGCCAAUUGCACAGCUCUCUCCGGGGCGAUCGCUAUCGAUGCGUGGGAUAUAUCUCUGACCUAUCGGGAACUCGCAACGGAGUCCACGACAUUGGCGCACAAACUGCGUCGCCUCAAUGUCGGGCCAGGUAGAAUCGUGCCUCUGCUGUUCGAAAGAUCAGGGUGGACUGUGAUAGCCAUUCUGGCCACACUACGAGCCGGGGCAGCCUUCUUCCUGGUGGAUGCCGCUUUUCCAGACGAGCGUGUACGACAGAUGUGUGGCGAUGUCAAGGCGGCGGUUGGAGUAUGCUGCCCACAACAAUCCCAUAGAAUGGCAAAUGUCAGUGAACAUGUCGUUGUUGUACCGUCGUCGACUGGUGAAGACCCUGAAAUGACUCCACUACCAACUGUGACCCAUCGAAGUCCCGCUUACGUGGCUUUCACAUCUGGAUCGACCGGUCGGCCCAAAGGUGUGGUUAUCGAGCAUGCCGCCUUCUGCACAAGUGCACGCGGCUUUCAACGCCUCUUUCGCAAUACCCCUGAGCUUCGAAUGUUCCAAGGGUCAUCACAUGCCUUUGAUGUCAGUCUGAUGGAGAUUAUGGGAACGCUACUCUACGGGGGCUGCGUUUGCGUCCCGUCAGAGACGGACAAGCGGCGCGAUAUGGCCGCCGCGAUCGAUCAUCUCCAAGCCAACGUUGCCAUGAUGACUCCAUCUGUCCUCCGCUUACUAGAUCCCACGAGAAAGCCGUCCUCUCUGCAGACCAUUGUGAUCGGUGGUGAGCGGGCCACUCCGGGGGAUCUCGAGACCUGGGCAAACCACGUCCACCUCAGCAUGGGAUACGGUCCGGCUGAGUGUGCAGUUAAUGCAAUGGGCCAUGCAGAUCUUGGUGUGCACUCGGAUCCACUCAACAUCGGUCUCCCGUCGACGGAGUGUUGCUGCUGGGUGGUGGAUAGAGAAUUUCCAGAUCGAUUGGCUGCAAUAGGGGCCCUUGGGGAGCUGGUUAUCGAAGGUCCCAUCGUUGGAAGGGGAUACAUAGCCCGUCCAGACCUCACGGCCCGCAACUUCAGUCAAACACUCCCACCCUGGAGAACGCCCUUUGGGCCUUCCAGCCACGGAUUUUACUGGACGGGGGAUUUAGUCCGCUCUCAACCCGACGGGUCAUUCCAAAUCGCCGGCCGCAAGGAUGACCAGGUCAAGUUGCAUGGUCAGCGCAUCGAACUAGGCGAGAUCGAACGCACUAUCCACAACAGUCUUCCCGCGGGGUAUAAUGUGGUCGUCAGUAUCGUGGCUGCUGCCAAUGGUCAAGCUGAAUUCCUGGCUGUAUUCAUUUAUGGAAUUGAAUGGGCUUCACAUUUGGCCCAUCCAGGAGAUGAGCCCAUGCAUUUGUUUAUUCGAGAAAAGUCACUGCCGCCUGCCUUCCUGCAAAUACGGGAGAAGGCAUUUACGCAUGCCCAGCAGCACUUGCCCAGGUUCAUGAUUCCUACCUUGUGGGUUCCGCUAGCCCAACCCGCUCCAUUAACAACCAAUGGGAAGAUGGAUCGCAAGCGGUUAUCGAAAGAAGCUGCCACUCUCUCACCCAUGGAUCGACGCUUCUAUACCAUCGGUGCUGUCUCGUCCGAUAUGCAUCAGUCAGCUGAUUUCUCUGGCUGCAAGUUUGGCGCCGAGUUUCAGCGCCUGGUGGCCACCGUUCUAGGAGGUGUACCAGAAGAAAUUGACUUGAACGCUAGCUUCCUCGCACUUGGCGGAGAUUCUCUAUCUGCGAUGAAAAUUUGCUCUCUAGCGCGAAAGUUGAACAUCCAGCUUGACUCUGUUGAGCUUCUCCAGGCUGGCUCUCUGUUGGAUUUUGCCGCCAACCUGGGCGAAAUUGAGGCGGUUGUGUCUCCAAUAUCUCUUCUUUCAGUUAGCCCAAGCCAGUUGUCGAAUUUGCCUGAAGGAACUCUGGAAGCAAUCGUCCCAGCAACAGAGCUGCAGGAAUUCUUUAUGGAUUUGCCGUUCGACUACAUGCAGUACCACUUGCAUGGUUCGCUGGACAUGGACCAGCUUACGAGGGCAUGUCGAGCACUUGUGGAGCGACACGGUAUGCUGCGUACCAUAUUGGACCGGGACAGAGAUGGUGGGGAACUAUUUCAAGUGAUCUUCCAAGAAUGCCAUAUUUCCCUGGAUGUCCAUAUCUGCGAUGAGGACGCAGCCGUGGAGAAUGUCACGGACCUCCUAGUCCAACGGGAAUACGCAGGAGAGACUCAACGACUGCGCUUAGGCGAAUGGGGUGCCCGCUUCAGCCUGAUAACCAGUAAACAGGGCCAGCAACAUGUUCUGCUUCUCCGGUUUGCGCACAGUCACUUCGAUGGCGGGUCCAUCGUUGCCCUCUGGGACGAUCUCGCGGCUCUUUACGCGAACUCUAGCCAGAUGACUGCCGUUCCAUCGUUCUCCCAAUAUCGCGCACACUGCGAUGCCCAGAUUACCGCCGAAGCACUGCAGUUCUGGCGCAAGUUGUUGAAACAAUCGUCCAUGACUUACGUGACUCAGCAAAAGCUCCCUCUCAAUCCAGGACGUUUAGUAAAGACGCAUCGGGUGAUCCCUUCAGUCCAAUCACCCAGUGGCAUUACCCUUGCUACAGUCAUCAAAACAGCUUGGGCGAUAACACUCGCCACUUUCCGUGGAGGAGAUGAUAUCGUCUUCGGUCAAGUGGUCAGUGGUCGAUCUGGAGCGUUCCCAGGCAUCGAAUCAGUAGUCGGACCAUGUAUGAAUACAAUUCCCGUGCGCGUGAGACUAUCAAACCUCUCAGAGACCACGGGUACCGAACUCCUACACCAGGUCCAAUCACAGCAUCUCCAAUCCCUUCGGUACGAGGCGACAGGGUUCUCCACUAUUCGAAACGAGUGCGCGAAUUGGUCUGAAGACAUUCAAUUUGGAUCUCUAGUGCUUCACCAGAACAUGCUCCCCCGACGCGAAGUUGCUCUGGGGCAAUGUGUGGGGGUACGACGCGACUUCUAUCCAGAGGAGACAACGAAUGAGUUUAUCAUCUACUCGAUUCCGAGCCCUGACAACGAUCUAGAAAUACGGCUGGCCACGUCACAGGAUGUACUCGACCAAAAGACUGCCGAUGGCUUGGUCGCCAGUUUAUGUGGAUGUAUUGGAGCUCUACUAAGCCACCCAAGGGACUCAGUACAUGAUUUGAUGAAGACGGCAUAA